GAAAGCGGCGCCGCCCGCCGAUCGCAGGCGCGGCUAAUGCCGGGCGUUCCCCGCCUCCUCUCCUUGGGUUUCCCCUAAAGAAGCCUGGCGACUAGCGCGCAGCGGUGCUGUUCCCCAAAUAGAGUUUCCCCAUCCCCCACCGCCUGUGUUCCCUACCUGGGCUGGGCGCACCAUCCGCACCUAGCGGCCCCCCUGCGGCGCCCAGACUCGGUGUAGCAUCCUCGUCCCGGUCCCUGUCCCUGCCCUGUCGCCCCACCGCCGGAUCGGUGACCGCCUGUCCCGCAGUUCCUCCGCUGCCACCGCUGCCGGCACCAUGGGCAGUGAGCAGAGCUCCGAGGCCGAGAGCCGACCCAACGAUCUGAACUCCUCAGUGACUCCUUCUCCAGCUAAGCAUAGAGCCAAGAUGGAUGACAUCGUGGUUGUAGCUCAGGGCUCUCAGGCCUCACGAAACGUCAGCAACGAUCCCGAUGUCAUCAAGUUGCAAGAGAUUCCAACCUUCCAACCACUUUUGAAAGGGCUAUUGAGUGGCCAGACUUCCCCAACAAAUACCAAACUGGAGAAACUGGACUCCCAGCAGGUGUUGCAGCUCUGCCUCCGGUAUCAGGAUCACCUCCAUCAGUGUGCAGAGGCCGUCGCUUUUGAUCAGAAUGCUUUGGUUAAACGAAUCAAAGAGAUGGAUCUGUCUGUAGAAACGCUCUUCAGCUUCAUGCAAGAGCGCCAGAAAAGAUACGCCAAAUACGCGGAGCAGAUCCAGAAGGUGAACGAAAUGUCCGCCAUCCUCCGCCGCAUCCAGAUGGGCAUAGACCAGACCGUGCCCCUGAUGGACAGGCUCAACAGCAUGCUGCCGGAGGGCGAGAGGCUGGAGCCCUUCAGCAUGAAGCCAGAGCGGGAGCUCGCGCUGUAGAGGCGCGUCUGCCCUGCUGCCAGGCUGUCGGGCUGUGGGGACAGAGCCUGGCGCCACCGAUACCCCCGAGGACAUUGGGAACUCAAGUCAUGUGAUGUGGCCAGGGCUCAGCUGGCUGCAGGGGAGGUGAAGCAGUCCGGCUGGCCUGAACACCUGACGUUGCCCUACCUACCCCUGUCCUUGAUGCAUCUUCCCUUUGCAGAACGAGCCAAACUAAUUCUUAGUGAUCACUGAAGUUGGAAUGGUUGAAAUAAUAGGAAUUCUUGACAGAACCCUGCAUUGGGAAUUAUUUUAUUUUGUUUAGUAUUUUGUUUUUUUUUAAUUGAGUGUAUAUUAUUUAGUCUAGCUUUUGGAAGUGGAAAUAUGGAGAGAAGGGGAGAAAUAUUUUAAGCUCUGUGUCCCUGAUGCCUUCAUGAAAUUUUACUCAGUAGGCUCUCUGGGUUAUGGAUUGUAAACAUAAAGAACUAAUUUAA